AUGAAGUCUAAAGAGAUUAGGAGAGCGUACAGACGUACACGUGAGACACUAGGACCAGUGUCUCGAACCCCGUUAUGCAUAGGAACAACCGAAGAAGAAGAGAGAACUGAGGACACAUCAAUGCCUCAGGAAGCAAAGAAAAAGAAAGCUGAGAGGGAGAAGAAGAAAAAGGAGGCGGCAAAACGAGCAGAGCAAGAAAAAUUAGCUGAGAUUGCUCGUGCUAAAACAGAGGAGGAGCAGGCAGAAAAGGCUCGCCAAACAGAAGUCGCUCGCCUAAGAGAAGAGGCCAAACAAAGAGCUGAAGAAGAAGCUUGUCAAACCUUGGCUCACUCCUCUAGUCCAAACCAAGGGGAUGACCAAGAGCACUAUGACGAUGCUGCACGGUCUUACACAAGUGAGGGAAGUGAGGAAGAGGAGGAAGAGAGUGAGACAGAAAACGACGAAGUGCGAAGGGUUGCCGUUACAAUCGAUGAACUCCUCAAGACCAUUGAGGAGGUGAUCAAAUCCAUGUCUCAAGCAGAGGAUGAAAGACCUAAGCGACAGAGAGAUCUAUCUCCAUGUGCAGAACCGUCAAAGAGGAGGCGCCUUGACGAUGAUAAGGACCCAGAUGAGUCUUGUCCUCAAAAUUGCCAAGAAGGGGAGAACUUGCCUACAGCCACACCAAGUACAACACCUCUGGCUGCCCCUAUGCACCAUCGUCCUCUGCCCCACGCCAACAAGGUCAAAGUCAAUCAAGGCAGAGCAGACAAAGGCAGCAAGUGCUAG